AUGGCCUCUCAAUCUCUCGCUCGGUUGACCCUCUUCACCCGGGCUGGAUGUGGCCUCUGCGACACAGCCAAGCACACAGUGAUCCAACUCCAAAAACGACGACCAUUCGAGUAUGUGGAGAAGGACAUUAUGGACGCCAAAAAUAAGCUCUGGAAAGAUGUAUAUGAAUUCGAUGUUCCCGUCCUACACGCCCAAUCUGUCAAAAAUGGGUUGCCCAAGGAGGCCGAGCUCUCCGACGCAAGGAAGCUGUUCCAUCGAUGGACUGAGCAAGAGGUGGAGAAAUUGGUUGACGAGGCUGAGAAAUAA